GUAGAGAGCAGUAGAAGCAUAGAAGAAGAAAAAAGCUCGGUCUCCUCUUACGUCACUUCCUGUUAGCGGUCGCGUGUUCCGUGUCGUGGAGAAAAAUGGCAGCUGAAAGCACCAUCGAUGACUACCCUCAUGAGAUAGACGAGCAGCUCACAUCCUUCAACUCCUCAGUUAAUGCAGUCAAAACUAUGUUGGACAAGUUGAUGUCAAUGUCCAGAAAUGACCAGUUGCAAAAGCUGGAUCCUUUGGAUCAAGCGAAGCUGGAUCUGAUGUCUGCUUACACCCUUAAUUCAUUAUUCUGGAUGUACCUGGUAACACAAGGUAUAAACCCCAGAGAACAUGGAAUCAAACAGGAGCUGGAGCGAAUAAGGACCUAUAUGAACAGAGUAAAGGAAAUCACUGAUAAGAAGAAAGCUGCUCGUCUGGAUAAGGGAGCUGCCUCACGCUUCGUUCAGAGUGCUCUCUAUAAUCCAGAAGACAAAGAUUCUAGAAAGAAAGCAGCAUCCAAGCAAGCAUCUGAUGCAGCAUCUGACUCCCCACAUCCGAAGCGUCCAAAACAGAGUUGAUUUGAAGUGCGGUGAAGGUCUCAUUUCAGUGUGUUUUCUCUUUAAGGAAUGAUGAACACUGAAGUAAAGAUUUGGACUGUAAGCCCGUUUGAUGGACCAUCACAAAAUACAAAAUGAGGUGACAAGGUGUAUUACAGUUCAGCAGGGAUUGCGUAACGGUCAGGAUUAUGACUUGGAGUUGGGUACGAGGUUAUCAAGGACUUUCAGCAGAUUUAGUUGUUUGCUGGAGAUAAGAAAUUAUGUGAGAAACAUCGCCCCAGUUUUAUUGUGAACAUGUUUUUGUGCACUCUGAUGCUGCAUUCUUCUAAAAUGACUUUAUUAUCUGAUUUUUAUCAUUUAAAGGUGAUUCUGUGAAUCACUAGUUGUGUUUUGGAUGAGCAUGUUUUUACACACCAGACAUUUUUUUCUGGAGUAUUUUUCUUUUGGCUUUCCAGCAACAUAAAAAAGUGAAACAUGG